AUCCAACUAAAUGUAUUGAACUUGGUAGGGAAUCAACGAGAUGUUUUGAACCGAGUAGGGAAUCAACUAGAUGUAUUGAACUGGGUAGGGAAUCAACUAGAUGUUUUGAACCGAGUAGGGAAUCAACUAGAUGUAUUGAACUGGGUAGGGAAUCAACUACAUGUUUUGAACUCGGUACAGAAUCAACUAGAUGUAUUGAACUGGGUAGGGAAUCAACUAGAUGUAGGGAAUCAACUAGAUGUAUUAAACCAAGUAGGGAAUCAACUAGAUGUAUUGAACUGGGUAGGGAAUCAACUAGAUGUAGGGAAUCAACUAGAUGUAUUGAACUGGGUAGGGAAUCAACUAGAUGUAUUGAACUGGGUAGGGAAUCAACUAGAUGUAUUGAACUAUGUAGGGAAUCAACUAGAUGUAUUGAACUAGGUAGGGAAUCAACUAGAUGUAUUGAACUGGGUAGGGAAUCAACUAGAUGUAUUGAACUGGGUAGGGAAUCAACUAGAUGUAUUGAACUGGGUAGGGAAUCAACUAGAUGUAUUGAACUGGGUAGGGAAUCAACUAGAUGUAUUGAACUAGGUAGGGAAUCAACUAGAUGUAUUGAACUGGGUUGGGAAUCAACUAGAUGUAGGGAAUCAACUAGAUGUAUUGAACUGGGUAGGGAAUCAACUAGAUGUAUUGAACUAGGUAGGGAAUCAACUAGAUGUAUUGAACUAGGUAGGGAAUCAACUAGAUGUAUUGAACUGGGUAGGGAAUCAACUAGAUGUAUUGAACUGGGUUGGGAAUCAACUAGAUGUAGGGAAUCAACUAGAUGUAUUGAACUGGGUUGGGAAUCAACUAGAUGUAUUGAACUGGGUAGGGAAUCAACUAGAUGUAUUGAACUGGGUAGGGAAUCAACUAGAUGUAUUGAACUGGGUUGGGAAUCAACUAGAUGUAGGGAAUCAACUAGAUGUAUUGAACUGGGUUGGGAAUCAACUAGAUGUAGGGAAUCAACUAGAUGUAUUGAACUGGGUUGGGAAUCAACUAGAUGUAGGGAAUCAACUAGAUGUAUUGAACUAGGUAGGGAAUCAACUAGAUGUAUUGAACUGGGUAGGGAAUCAACUAGAUGUAUUGAACUGGGUUGGGAAUCAACUAGAUGUAGGGAAUCAACUAGAUGUAUUGAACUGGGUAGGGAAUCAACUAGAUGUAUUGAACUAGGUAGGGAAUCAACUAGAUGUAUUGAACUAGGUAGGGAAUCAACUAGAUGUAUUGAACUGAGUAGGGAAUCAACUAGAUGUAUUGAACUGGGUUGGGAAUCAACUAGAUGUAUUGAACUAGGUAGGGAAUCAACUAGAUGUAUUGAACUGGGUAGGGAAUCAACUAGAUGUAUUGAACUGAAUUGAAGGGCGUCUACAUCCGAGAGAAACAAAAUGGAGAAAACAGAAUGAAAUCAGGCCAAAAAUACAACAGAUUUUAUAGGGACACACGGUUCAUGCCCUGGAACACCUCCCUAUAGCUUUGCAUUGUGUUCUCCUCCUAUGCAGAAUCUAACCCAUUCACCCUGUCUCUCUCUUCUCCUUCACCUCCGUCCCGCUUUCUCUCUCUCCUCCUUCUCCUC